GUGAUCUCCUGGCCGUCGAAGCGCCGCUCGCCCUGGGCUCCUCCGACGGCGAGCGCCUGGGCGAGGUGGUCUCGGAGGACGUGCUCUCGGGCAUGGCGGUGGACGCCAGCGAGGACCUCCUGGCCGCCUGCUUAUUGCUGGAGACCUCCACGUCUCCCGCCGCCGCCGAGGCGCGCGCCGUGGCCCAGGCCCUGGAGGCUUCGCCCGCGGAGCGUUCUGCGUCCGGCGAGGCGGCGCUUCGGCCGGCGGCGCUGAGCGCGGAGCUGCGGGCAGCGUUGGAAGAGCGGGGAACGGUGGAGGAGAUUUUGGACCGCUGGCGCGGCCUUUGUGACGUCAAUGCCGAGACCUGGGCGGAGUCACCUUCGAGGUUGGAGGUACGUUUCCUCUUCGGCCUCUGUGGUGCCUUGGCCAUGGUCGAGCACAGCUGCCGCCCGAACGCGCGCACCGAGUGGGAUGCCGAGUGCCGACAAGUGAAGCUGGUGGCUAUGGAGGACCUCCGCACCGGGCAGCGCGUCACGCGCUCGUACCUGGACGCCGCGGAGCUCCUCGCACCGUGGCCGCGGCGCCAGGAGCUGCUGCUGAGCGGCUGGGGCUUCCGCUGCGGCUGCGCGCGGUGCGUGGAGGAGUCCAGCAACGUGACCGACACCGCGACCACCACGGAGCACCUGGACCUGAACCGCUGCGCCGUCGGCCUUCCGCUGGACGAGCUGGUGCCGCAGGUGCGCAAGGCCGGCAAGGCCUGCCAGGCACUCGGAGUGCCCAAGGUGGGAACCUUGCAGUUCCUGGAAGGCGUCCUGGCGAAGCGCCGCCACGCCAACGAGCUCCUCUGGCUCCAUGGCUUGGGCCCGCCAACGCCCAGCGAGGCCGACGAGGAGGAGGAGGAGGAGGAGGUCACCGCCUCGGAACAGGCGGUGCCGGAGGAGCUGGGUAUGCCAUGGAACAUUGGGAAUUUUGCUGAAGAGACCUGCCUUGACACAGCAGAAGUUCGAUGGAAUCUCAAGACACGACAGCUGAGGAUUCCAAAUGCCAAUGUGCCGGCGCCCAUGACGAAAGAUGAGUGUGAGGCCUUCAAGACCAAGGUUCACACUGAGCUCAAGUUCACCUACGCGGACGCCACCAAAAGGUGUGCUUCAUUGCCGGACCUGCAGAAGAUUCGAAACGGCUAUUUCAGCUACUUCAAGGAUGAGCGGCAUCCCGUCUCCAAGGAGCAUGGCUUCACCUACGAUCAGUUGAAGGACAAAUCAGUCUUCGACCCAAAGAAUCCCAAGGAGAGCUAUCACAUUCGCCACACAGAGGCCAUGCGAAAGCGUUGCGCGGUGCCUUUGCGAACCCGCUGGAUGGUGCGUAGCUCUCAGGCCUACGGAUGGCUUCCUCCAAUUGAUGAUCCCAAGAACGGCUUUGGUCGUGGAAAUUUGUAUCAUCGAGAUGCCAUGGUCCUGCUGGCCUGUGUGACCAGAUCGUCUCGCCAUGGUCAUUCUAAGGGGAGGGGCCCGCAGUGGAUGGUGGAAUCUGGUAGAAGAGGAGAGGGCCGGAGAGGGAGCCCAUAA